AUGUCAACCCCGCGUCCUGCAACACCCCCCCACCCGCCGCGCUCGGCGACACUGCCUUGCGCCCGGUCCCCGCGUCCUCCUCCCGGGUCCCCUGCCUCCCAGGCGCGGAGCCGCGGGGCCAGGGACACGGCCGGUGCGCAGCCGUCCGUCCGGGAACACGGGACUCGCGUGGCCGGAGCCCCCACUGUGACGUCACCCCGAAAGGCCCGCGCGCCCCGGGCCUGCCCGCGUCGGAGCUCCCCGGCCUCCGGGGCCGCUUCCUGCCGGGUCGCGCGGCCUGCGCACAGGCCCGGGCGCCGCCGCCCGCGAGGGGGCACCGCCGCGGGCUCCGCUGAGAGCCCCGCGCGCCACCCCUCCCCACCACGGCCCUCGCCGUCCCUCGAGGCCCUGGCUCCCACGCCGUGGCCCCACCAGGCCCCGAGUCCCCCCGGAGAAGUCGGCUCCCCACCCCCCACCCGGACGCACUCACAAAGCUCGCCUCCGGCCCCGGCGCCGCGCGAACGCCCCGGUCCCCACCCGCACUCGGCUGACCCCCGGCGCCACCGCGCGCACAACCCCCGCACCCGCGACCCUCGUUCCUCGCGCCCGCACCCCGCAGCUCCCCGGACGGCCAUCCGGUGA